ACGCGUAGUACUGCCUCAUACCGCUAGAGUGCCAAGUGCCAAUGCAGUUUUCGAGCUGUCAACGUGAAGUAACGGCAACACGGAGUGAGAGCGGGCAAAUAGUGCGUAUUCGCGCGCCGCGCGGAUUGGUUGUUUGUCCACAUUUUACGUUAUCAUUUACACUUAUUAGGAGUCCUUGGAAGUCGUUUCAUCAUUUAUAAACAAGACAGGAACUAACAAUGGAUUUAAGCGUGGAGGAAUUCGUGGAUGGUCUUUUCACGAGGGAAGCAGGUGAACAGUCAUCGGACAAAGAGAAACCCGAAGAUAUACGAAUGGACUAUCCCGAAUGGUACAGCGAAAAGAAAUACAAUCAAGGGCGCCGCUUCUACUGGGACAACUGCUUCUCGCUAACGUCAUCGAUGCUGCUGGGCCUGGUGGCGGUGUUCGCGGUGCCCUCCAUCCUGCGGGUUCUCAUCAGCUCGCGCCGUUCUAGCUCGCAGUACACUGCUUACAGGAGAUACCUGUCAACCUUACUGCACACCGUCUCCUGGUUCGAGAACGAUCUGAAACCCGGCAGCAUAUCUUGGCGAUCAUUAUACACUGUAAGAUGUCGCCACGCGCGCGCAGACGUUGCCGCCAAAAUGAAGGGCAUAGGCAGCGUAUCACAACGGGACAUGGCUCUCACACAGUUCGGUUUUAUCGGCUUUUCAAUACUCAAACCGGACAAAUUCAGCAUCAGGCCAAUGCAAUCAGACGACUGGGAAAGCUACGUACACUUCUGGAGGGUUAUCGGAAGCAUGAUCGGACUCCAGGAUCGGUACAAUAUCUGUCGUAAAAACUACCAAGAGACAAGGCAGGUGUGCCAACUACUAUUAGAGCGGGUAUUCACGCCUUCCUUGGAUCAUGUGCCGGAGUACUUCGAGCAUAUGGCCCGGGUAAUGUUGGAGGGGAUGUGGUCGGUCAAUCCGACUGUCAAUACAUCUGCAUUGUUGUACUGGACACGACAUUUAGCAGAUGUACCCGGAUAUGUUUAUACUGAAAAAGAGAGAGCAGACUUCCAAGACAAACUACGUGAACAAUUGAAAGGCAAAUCUGAAGAUAUUGGCGUAGAUUCAACAGUAUUUACUUCUCGGCCAGCUAUAGAGGGAAUAAACGAGCGACCUCCUCGCUUACUUUACCUACGGGAUUAUGACACCAUUGAAUCAAUUCCAGAAUACAAAAACCUACCAUUCGCUGCAAAAUAUAAGUUAGCAGUAAGCAGUAUCUUGUAUGCGUUCUAUUCGACGUACAUCGGAAAAUUGUACUUAAAUUUAAAUUUCCUAUUUAGUUUAUUGCUCAUGAAAUAUUUCCCUUAUUUAGCUUUCUUUAGAUUCGGUAUAAAAGCUUCUUUAGUUAAUAUAUUUGUCGAAGAUCCUGUCGACAAUACAGAACCAAAACCAAACGCGGAAUAUAACAAACCACCGCAAGAGUUACCGUGGUAUAGAGCCACAUUAUCUGUUUUGUCAUGGUGAACAAUUAUUAAUAUGUAAAAUAAAUAUAAGUCGCACUCAGAGUGAUUUAGUAGUCUACUUUUAGAUCGCAUUCAGAACAAACAUGCCUCAAUACGUAUUAUUUGUUUUUAUUUAUAAACUGU